AUGGCUCAGAUACCGAUUUACAGUCCUUUUAAAGACGAAAAAAGCAUAUUCCGCUUUGGACAUGAGAAGACAUCAAAGUUUGUUGAAAAGUGCUUGUUGAUGUUCGCCAGCGCCAUCACGGAGACUUCCGAUACUGGCUACAAAGAUGCCCUUAUGAACCUUCAGCAUAGCUUUAUGCAGUGGGCUAUCAAAAUCAUGGGUGCGGACGACAACGGAGACUUGUCAGAAGAGGGAGAAAAAAUAUUCGACGAAAACCUGGCGAAGCCUGACGCAGACCCGAACUUCCUCCGCGAGAUGUUGAAGGCAAAUCCCACAGUGGGUAACAAAAUUUUGGGCGAGAAGCCUACGACGAAAGAUUUCGGCAAGAUCGACUCCAAAUCUAGUUCCGGGAAGGAAGAUCUUGAGGCAUGCCUCGGUCCGAAGUCAACACUGGGCACCUUGUUGUUCGAAAGGAUUCCAAUGUUUUGCAAAAUUAUCAGGAACCACUAUGCCGAAUUCUCGGGCGAUUUCAAGGAAAGCUUCGUCCCCUCCUACUCCCCGGAGUACUUGCAGAGCAAAGCAAAGGAUGCUCUCCAGCGAAUCGACCCUCCAAAUUACCCAUCCCCGCGGCCGGCAAAGUAA